AUGACACGGCCCGCACACUAUCAAGAUGGGACGGAUUCUGAGAUUGAAAAACAAGAUGAUUCUGGACGACAAACAAUUACAACAAGUCCCCAACCAUCGUCAUCACCACCAGGACCACCUGGUGGGCCUGCGGGAAGCCAAUACCAGCCAGAAACACUCCAUUUCUGGCUAAUAAUGCUAUGCAACUUUCUGUCGCUGUUACUGGUAGCACUAGACCGAACAAUCAUCGCCACGGCCAUCCCUCGCAUCACCGAUGAAUUCCACAGCUUGGGCGAUAUUGGCUGGUAUGGGUCAGCCUAUAUGCUAGCCAGCGCAUCAUCACAGCUACUUUUUGGACGAAUUUACAAAUUUUACGAUAUGAAAUGGGUAUUCUUGUCUUCAAUUGUUGUCUUCGAAAUUGGAUCAGCAGUUUGUGGUGCUGCCCCUACUUCCAACGCUUUCAUUGCAGGACGUGCUAUUGCGGGAUUUGCUUCUGCGGGAAUCUUCUCUGGAUGCAUGUUGAUCAUCAUUCCGUUGGUACCUCUCCACAAGCGACCGAUGUAUCAAGGCUUGUUUGGGGCUGUGUUUGGAAUUGCUUCGGUCAUGGGUCCUUUGGUUGGUGGAGGUUUCACCAGUAGUGUCACUUGGAGAUGGUGUUUCUAUAUCAAUUUGCCGAUUGGGGCGGUUAGUUUGCUGGCUAUGACCUGCAUCUGGCAUCCACAGAAAGUUCAGCAUGAACCUGUUCCAGUUCUGGUGCAUAUCAAACGCCUGGACCCAUUGGGAAUGCUCUUCUUUAUACCGUCAAUGGUCUGUCUUCUUCUGGCUUUCCAAUGGGGUGGGUCAAAAUAUGCCUGGAACAGCGCUCGCAUCAUCGCGUUGUUUGUCGUAUUUGGGGUCUUGAUCCUCAUCUUCGCCGCAAUUCAGGUCUGGAAACCUGAAACAGCCACAAUCCCUGCAAGAGUUAUUACUCGUCGUAGUAUUCUCAGCGCAGCGGUAUUUAUAUUUUUCACAUCUAGCGCGAUGAUGAUGCUGAUUUACUACGUUCCAAUCUGGUUCCAAACCGUCAAACUAGUCAAUCCUGUCAAAUCCGGAAUAUAUACUCUGCCACUAGUUCUCAGUCUCGUCGUCGCGAGCUUUAUCGGCGGUCUAGCCACGCAGAGAAUCGGAUACUACGUUCCAGUCAUGUAUCUCAGUCCAAGCAUCAUGUCGAUAGGUUUAGGCCUAAUGACCACCUUCGAUCUCAAUACCAGUUCAUCUCAUUGGAUUGGGUAUCAAUUUAUAUCGGGUUUCGGCCUCGGUCUUGGGAUGCAACUUAGUGGACUGGUUGUGCAAAGAAUCCUUCCGCCACCAGAUAUACCAAUCGGCAUUGCGCUGAUGUUCUUCCUCCAGCAACUUGGUGGGAGUAUUUUCGCCACGGUUGGACAAACAAUUCUGAGUAAUAUACUCGUUUCGCAUCUGAGUGGGGUUCCGGGCCUGGACACAAGUUUGGUCGUGAAUGAAGGCGCGACUGAUUUGGUUUCUGUCGUGCCGUCGGAAGAUGUUGUAAUGGUUCAACGGGCAUAUAAUGAUGCCUGUAGGAGAAUAUUCUUUACCGCUCUGGGGUUGACAUUGGUUGCUCUGAUCAGCUCUGUUGGUAUGGAGUGGAAGAGUAUUAAAAAGGGCAAAAAUGGUCAAGAUGGUCCGGAGCAUGGCGGAACCAGCAAUGGUGUGGGUGAGACCGACGAAGCUGCGACUAGGGAAUCUAGCCAGACGCUUACUGAUAAUGCCGAGAGGAAACGUGAUCAGUAG